GAAUGACAUUGAGUUCUGUUCGAAACGCCAGAACGACAAUCGAAUCGCCUAUCUAUGAUAAUAAUCACGAAAAUUGAGUGAGAGACCGAAAAUUUUCUCACACCCAUCAGAAGAGUCGGAGAAUAGAGGGUGCUACCGAAAAGAAAGGUCGCACUUCGUAAACAAUAACACUGACCUCGCUCUCGACGAUUUCCUUCCCGCCGAAGACUUCGAUUCAGUAGUGUUUACCUGGCGAAGCACGAGAGAAGUUCGAGAAAUGAAAUUCUUCAUCGUGGAGGUAGUUGUGACAGUUGCAGUGAUAGUUAUCGCGAAAGGUAGUCCGAUACAGUUCUAUGCAACCAAGUAUGAUCAUCUGGACAUCGAGGAGAUAUUGAACAAUAGGAGGAUGGUGAAAUAUUAUGCCAACUGCCUACUCAGCAGAGGUCCUUGCACGCCACAGGGUGCAGAAUUGAAGAGAAUUCUACCGGAAGCUCUCGAGACCAAUUGCUUACGCUGUACAGAGAAGCAGAAGGCUGUGACAUACCAAUCAAUCAAACGUUUGAAGAAGGAAUAUCCGAAGACCUGGGCUCUGCUCGAGACCAAAUGGGACCCCAACAAUGUAUAUGUCAGGAGAUUCGAAGAGUCCUUCAGACAAACACCUUCCACUCCUGCCCCAGAGAACGAAAUCAUAAUUGAAAAUAGGUUCGGUGAUUCGGAUGAUGACGUUACCAAGCCUUCAACAACAACAAAAACCAAAAUCAAGACGACUAAACCAACAACCGUCACUGUACCUAUAAGUUCUACGACACCUUCAACAUCCAAGUCAACCAGGAGACCCUCGAUAAAUAGUUUAACUUCGGCUUCAGAAAAUAAACCUUUAAGUGUACCACAGAAUAAUCAGAACACAGGAACGCGAGUCACUGGAGUCAAUGUGACAAAUCAGGUAAACCAAGAAGAUAAAUCUGGUAACAAAAUAGAACUUUCAUACUCUGUACAGACUUCUUCAACUCCUAGAGUCCCACCUAUUUUCACCACUUCUUCUGCACUAACUUCUGUAACACAAAACUCUAAACCCAUUGAUUCAGCUGGAGUUAUCUUUGAUAUUCCCCAAUCGAGUGUGAAUUAUUCCCAAACCACACAAUUUCCUCAGAAGAAAAUCGUACCAACAAAAAUUACCAAUGUUAAAGAACUGCCAGUUAAGAAGACACCAACCAGGCAGCCUGAUCCCAUAUCCCAGUUAGUCUUUUCAUUCCUCAACGCCAACAAACCAUCCACGAGUAAACCCAGAAAUUCUCUCGAUAAAAUUUCGACAACUACAAGUCCGCCAGAAAGUCCCAACCUUCAAAUCAGAUUGCCCAAAAUUUCGGGUCUCAUUAGAAGAGCAGGUAUGCGGAAUAGACUCAGGUUAGAAUCGAACACGACAGUUCAGAUCAGCCUCAGAAAACCAGAAAUUCAGGUCAGAUUGCCGGGUAUUACCGUAAAUAACAGAGUCGAGGGGUUCAAUCCUAUUGGUAAUGUAGUCAGAGGUCUGGCUAAUGCUGGUGACAGAAUUAUUGAAACAGGUACUUCGAUAGCCGAUAGUGUACUCACAUCGGUAAGGGAUCUGUUCACCCCACCGGCCAGAAGAAAUCGGGCUUCACGAAGAACCUGAUUACCAAUUUUGUAUAAAUAUUUGUAUCAUAUAUCAUACAGAUUGGGUAGAAAGUAACGCACAUAAUUUAUAUCUUCGGUAUUUAAUAUUAUCUAGAAAAAUGCUCGAACAGAUGGAUUUUUAUAUCGAACUAGCUGUGUUCUCCUGCUCUGCAAGACGAAUUCGUUUUACUCAAAUUCACUUUUCUCUAGUAUCCUCUACUCUUCUCUACUCUACUUUACUGUAAUCUACUCUACUCUACUCUUCCCUACUCUACUCUUC